AAAAUAUUGGAAAUUAAUAGUAAUGGGCAGUUCUUGUGCAACAUCCCAACAAUCUAAUGAUUCAUUGAAUAGGACUACUUGUGAGAAGAAUCUCAGAGGUCAAGCAUUCUUGACCAAAGCUAAGCAGAAGAUUCGUGUCGAGGGUAAUAUUAGGACAACUUUACCCCAAGCUCUUCAGAAUAAAAUGAGAAAUUACAGCAUAAGUUAUCGCAUUAAAUAUGGAAGACAGCAAUUUAUUUGGGCGGAGAAUACUCAGAGCCUAGAACAUACUACAACCCAACCAUUUAGUCUUGAGUAUCAGCUUAAUGCUGAAAAUCAGAAUAUGAAUGUAGUUCUGGAGUUUAAACCGAAUAAGACAAAGAAGGAAAAACCUUCCGUAUUAAGUCCAGAGCAUGGAAAUUUUUUGACGGAGUCCGAGGGAAAUAUGGUAAUCAUCAACCUCCAAGCCUACUUCGAUAUUCAUGAGUUGCUUAUGCUAAAUGGAGACUUUGGAACACCUCCUCAUCUUAAUGCUAAAGAGCUUAAGGCAGCUGUCAUUAAUGAGGAGAGUAAGGGUGGCCAAAUCUCGAAUUUAUUUCCUCCUAUCACUGUAUCUCUAAGAGAAAUAAAGCCAGAUAACCUCAAGAAGAUCAGGUUCAAAGUUCGAGGUCGUUUUAACAAGAAAAAUAGAGUGAUGUUAACAAUUUAUGAGCAUGCAAGCACUGAAAGAAGGUUUAUCUAUGAAAGCAGGCCAGUAUCUGGUCCCAGUUCUAGGGAUAUCCGAGAAUUUGAAACUAUUGAGAUCAAUACAGAUGUAUUUGAAGGAGAAAAGAUUUCAACAACAGUAAUAGAAAUUGUUGCUCAAGAAGUUAUAUUUGAUAAAAAAGGUGAAAAGAUGAGACCCUUUGGUUCAGAAUGAGUUAGGGUAAAAGAUAUUAUCUCCAUGUUUGAUGGAGAAGUUAUGACUCUGAACUUAAAGAACCAGAGCAAUAAAACAGUUGCAAAUAUAUCCAUUAGUGAGUCACUGAUCCAGCCUUGCUUCUCAUUCCUGGACUACAAAAUUUAUAGGGAGGUAAAUAUUAUUCCCAUCGUAGCAAUAGAUUAUUCGCUAUCAAAUCUUACUUUUGAUAAUCAGAAGUGUAUCCAUUCCUUAAAGAAAGGUGCAAAUAAUGAUUAUAUAAAUGUAAUCAAGCAUAUUACAAAUGCUUAUCACAAUAUCAGCUCUCAUAUGCUAGGGUUUGGAAUGGGUGCCAGAACCAUUCCUAAGAAAGGAGAUACUAGUAACUUAUUCGCACUCUCAGGUGAUAUUUUCAACCCACAGAUCGAUAAAAGGAAACUGUUUGAUAAUUAUGCUGAUACUUUAAAGAGAGUGGAGCUAUCUUUACCAGUAAAUUACCACGAUGUGUUACAAACAGCCUCAGGUUAUGCCAGGUAUGAGACAGAGAACUAUGAAGCUCGGAACUACUUCGUGCUUAUAUACGUUUCUGUAGGAGUUAUAGAUGAUUUUCAAGAGACUCUCCAAGAAUUAAAAGAAAUCAAUGACCUUCCACUGACUGUGAUUAUGGUAAAAGUUCGAAAUAUGCAAACUGAAGACACUAAUGAUCCAGCUAUCCUUAUCAAGGAGUGAGCUCAAAGUUUUGCUGCUUGUGAGAGAAAAUAUCUUGAGAUUAUUGAUUUCGAGCAAUACAAGAAGGAAGGGAAGCUAGAUGAAUUUGAGAAUGCUCUGGUAAACAACAUACCGCUCCAUGUUCAGAAGUACAUGGCCAUACACAAUGUGUUUGCGCAUGACAUCGAGGGAGAUGACCUUGGCUCACGAAUGUCCAUUGCCAUCAAGAAAGAGCAAAUGGUCAAGAAACAGGGUGAAGAAUAUAAUGAUGAUGUCAAGAGAAGGCGAAGCAUGGUCAAUAUCAAAGAUUUUGUCCAGAAUUUAAAAGGAAAUAAUACAGUUCAAGAUCAAGAAAGCGAGGGGAGUACACAAAGACGUCAGAGUAGAGAUGACUCUGAUCUACAACCAGCGAUCGAUAAACUAAACAAAGAUGAGCAAGAUAGAAAAAUGAAUGAAAGAAAUGAGGACGAGAAGAUAUCAGAUGAGGAGGGGGAUAAAAUAGAGGUUAAGAAAGAAACUAAUCUUAGCUGUACUGUGGCAAUUGAGGACAGAAAAGAUAGGGAUUUCUUCAAUAAAGUUCCUUCAUUCUUUGCUGAAUUAGAGCAGAGGCAUUCUAAAGAAUGGUUUCCUCCUAUGAGAAGGCAUUCUUUCAGUGCUUGUUGAGAAGAGCAAUUUAUUUUAAACAUCCCUCCUACAGAAAACUUUCCCAGAGAGAAAUGACUUGAAUUUAUAGACCAGGGAAAACUCCUAGAAGCCAAUAAUGCUAAUCUUGAGUAUUUAAUCAAGAAAGAAGCAGGUUUGAUUCCAGAAAAAAAGAAAUAG